GAUCAUUCGUGUCGUUACGAGAGAUGAAUAGUCAUUUCUCGAAGCAGUUCCCGCGAAACAGAUUGAAUUCCCAUCGAUGAAUGAUCUCGUCUGAAACCGAAGAAGCAAAGCUCCUGCGAACCUUUUGGCAGAUCCUCGAGCGAAGACUUAGCGCCAUUCUUGAUGCUCGCAAGCUCGUGAAUCGAUGACCCUUUACAUGCCCUUGUUCAGGGCAUGCGCGAGCUUGAGGACGCUGGCUCAGCUCCACGCCCAUCUCCUCGUCACGGGCCUCCAUCGGGACCCGCUCGCUUCCACCAGGCUCGUCCAGUCCUACGCCGAGAUGGGCUCCCUCGAAUCCUCGCGGCUCGUCUUCGACCGCUUUCCCGCGCCCGAUUCCUUCAUGUGGGGCGUGCUCGUCAAGUGCUGCGUGUGGAGCCGCUCUUUCGAGCAAGCCGUCUCGCUCUACCGCGAGAUGGUUCGCCGGGGGAAGGAGAUCACCGGGUUCGUAUACCCGUCCGUGUUGCGAGCCUGCUCUUGCUCGGGCGAUCUCGGCGCGGGCGAGACCGUCCACGGGACGAUCGUCAAGUGCGGGCUGGAUGCGGACGACGUGGUUCGAUCCUCGUUGCUGUGUAUGUACGGAGAAACGGGCCAGCUGCAUAAUGCCAGGAAGGUGUUUGAUGAUAUGUCGGGCAGAGAUGUGGUGUCCUGGAGCUCGAUGAUCUCCAGUUAUGUUGAUAAUGGGGAUCCGAGCGGUGGGCUGGACGCGUUCCGUUCGAUGCUUUUGCAGGGUUUGGAGCCCGACUCCGUCACAGUGAUUGGUGUGGCCGAGGCUUGUGCCCAAUUGGGUUCUUUGUGCUUGGCAAGGUUGAUCCACGGUCAAGUGGUGACAAGGAAUAUCGAAAGUGAUGAUGCAACGUUGAAUAACAGCCUUGUUGUAAUGUACAGUAAAUGCGGUGAUCUGUCUAGCGCAGAGGUUCUCUUCAAUAUCGCCACUUGCUGGUCUGCUGCCUCAUGGACUGCGAUGAUUUCGAGCUAUAAUCAGAGCGGGUGCUUUCGUGAAGCACUAGAUGUUUUUUUAGAAAUGCAGGUGUCCCAGAGUAAAGCUAAUUCUGUAACCAUGAUGGCUAUUUUAUGCUCUUGUGCAAGGUUGGGGUGGCUGAGAGAGGGGCAGUCAGUUCAUUGUUUUGUCAUUAGAAAUGCUAUAGAUCCCGGAUAUGAUUUUUUGGGGCCAGCAUUGAUAGAGUUCUACGCUGACUGUGGAAGAGUACAUGAUAGCGAGAAGACUUUUAUGACAAUUGAAGAGAGAGAUGCUGUCUCGUGGAAUAUGCUCAUAACAGUUUAUGCACGAAAAGGAUUUUUAGAAGAGGCUUUAUCAAUAUUUUUACAUAUGCGAGCGCAGGGAGUAAUACCAGACUCGUUCAGCUUAACAACAUCACUGUGGUCUUGUGGAAGCAUGGGUUUUUCGCAGCUUGGAUGUCAAAUUCAUGGUUUUGUGAUGAAGUCCCAUAUUUACAACGAAUUUGUACGAAAUGCACUUAUUGAUAUGUACUCAAAAUGCGGUGACGUGGAUUCUGCAUAUAGAGUGUUUCUUGAGAUCCAACAGAGAGAUAUUGUUACUUGGAAUACAAUGAUUUGUGGAUUUUGUCAGAAUGGUUAUUCUCUAGAAGCCAUCCAUCUUUUUGAUAAAAUGUACUUGAACAGCUUCAUAAUGGAUGAAGUCAGCUUCCUUAGUGUAAUUCAAGCUUGUUCUCAAUUAGGACACCUAAAAAAGGGUAAAUGGGUUCACCACAAGCUCAUCAUCCAUGGUGUAAGGAAAGAUUCCUACAUUGAUACAGCUCUAACAGAUAUGUAUGCCAAAUCUGGAGACCUCAAAUCCGCCCAAGCAGUUUUUGAUAGCAUGCCUGAGAAAACUGUGGUUUCGUGGAGUGCCAUGAUAGCUGGUUAUGGAACCCACGGUCAGGUCGAUAUAGCCAUCUCACUUUUCAACCAAAUGGUGCAAAUGGGGAUUCAACCAAACGAUAUCACCUUUAUGAAUAUCCUAUCAGCUUGCAGUCACGCAGGAUCUGUGGAGUACGGGAAAUUCUAUUUCGGGUUAAUGAAUUCCCACGGAGUUGCUCCCAAGUUGGAACAUUUUGCUUGUCUAAUUGAUCUUCUCAGUCGUUCCGGGAAUCUUGAUGAAGCAUAUUCAGUCAUCUCUUCCAUGCCUUUCCCUGCAGAUUCUAGCGUCUGGGGUGCCUUGAUCAAUGGUUGUCGUAUUCAUCAGAGAAUGGACAUUUUCCAAAUUAUUCAAAGGGAUCUUUUAGAUGUUCAUACAGACGAUACAGGAUACUUCACAUUGUUAUCUAAUAUACAUGCAGAAGAAGGGAAUUGGGUUCGAUCCCGGAAAUUAAGGUCGACAAUGGAAAGCGCAGGUUUAAAGAAAGUCCCUGGAUACAGUUUGAUCGAACUUGGUAACAGAACUUAUAAAUUUGGAGCAGGAGAUAUAUCUAACCUGCAAAUAGAGGAAAUAUGCAAACUCUGGGAAAGAAAUCUUCAAAAUUUGGCUCCGGAACGAUGUUAGUUGGAGAAUCAUAUUCCUAAGUGUCUGUAACAUCUGCUUCCUUCGUAUUUCUCCCUCACAUGCAAAUCCAAUCCUGUCUUCCUCUCUUGGCUAUCUCUCUCCUUCUCAAUAGAGAGCUUCAAUGGAGAACAAAGCAACUAAUUUAUUCCUUGAGGAAGAUGAAUGCGGAUAUCAAGACAUCAAGGGGUGGAGUUUCUAAUUCCACCAUAGAAGAGCUAUUCAACGAGCCAAUUUGCUAGUCUAUAUGCCUCGAGAUUAGUAGAAGUUCUCCUAGGCCAGGUUACUGACCAAUGAGGAUGGCUUCUAGAAAAUUUCUAAUGUCGCUAACAAUACCAGCAAUCAGCCAAGAUGGGGUUUACAGAGGUAAUGGCAUGACUUGAGUGCUCUCGAAUCACACUCAAACAUGACAGUACUCCGGCCUUUAUGCUGAACAUAUUGGAUGCAGCAAGAGGCUGCAGUUCGACCUGCUGCUGCUGCUGUGGCACCCAACAAAGUCACACGGUGAUGUCUGGUAAUUAGAGCCGAAGUACCAUUAUGUGGGGAUGAAAGCAUCAUCCACAUUAAUCUUGGUAGUACCUCCUGUUGGAGGUACCCCAGGACUAUUGAUACAUUGGGUCUGCUAGGGAGGCUGGGAUAUGGUAUUCCUUCCAUUAGCGAGCUCUUCCUAGGUGCCUGCAGUUGUUUUAUGAUGCCUUGAAACGUCUAGUCUUGUGUCAGGAUCGAUGGACUUAUCACGAAAUUCCCACAAUCUCCAAUAUUCAAUGCCCCGGGAAGCUGUUUUUGGGAGUUCAAUAAGCUUUGCUAGGAAAUCUCUCUCCAGCAAGUGGCUGCAUAUGAACGCUCCAGCCUCCCUGAACCCACGUUAUUAUUCUAGUUGCUGGACAGUCGCGCACAACAUGAAGUAUUGUCCCGCUCUAUUUGUGACGUGAAAGGACAGUAUUCAUCCACACGAGACAUGCGUUUUGAAGUUCGCUCUGUAGUGGUUGGUCCAUUCUGCGAAAAUGGGUCUUCAGUGGCUCGCAAAUUUUGCAUAGGAAUGCAUGUUUCUUAAAUAGGCAAAAUUUCCGGAUGAAUUACCAAAUGGCAGCAGGAGGGUCCUGGAGUACGUGCCUCCUUGCAGUUUUGUAGCCUUAGUGCUGUGCUCUCAAAACACAAAACUGAGGAAAUUAAUGCACAAGCCUUUCCUCUUCC